UAAAAAAAAAAAGCCUGAGCUCACUUUUAUCUGUAAAGCCAUAGCUUUUCUUUCUCUGUUACACUAUAACACAAAACUUAAAAUACAAAUUUUAACGAAGGAACCAACGAACAAACGACGAAGGAACGAACCCACUCACUCUCUCAAUGCAGGAAAAUGGCAGAGGCCAGUAUUUCAGAAGGUUAUAUUUACGUGCAUCACUUCAGCUGUCCAGUGUGUCUGGAUCUCCUGAAUCAUCCAGUGAUUAUACCCUGUGGUCACAGUUUCUGUAAGUUGUGUAUUAAUGGCUGCUGGGAUCAGGAUGAUGUGAAGGGCAUCUACAGCUGUCCUCAGUGUAGAGAGACUUUCACUCCAAGGCCUGUUUUAUACAGGAACAACAUGCUGGCUGAAGUGUUGGAGAAACUGAAGAAGACUGAACUCCAAGCUGCUUCUCCUGCUGUUUCAGCUAAAGCAGAAAGAACUAAAAAACAGAGUUUCCCGUCUCUCUGUGUUUCUCCUGGAUGUGACGACUCACCCAGCUUCACUGUCAAUCAACAUCUCUCAUUUUAUGGAGUGAGGAAAUCUCUCUCAGAUCUGAAAAAACGAGUGAAGCAAUUCUGUGAGAAGAAAUUCAACAAAAUCAGACCACAAGGUGAACAAACCAACAUUGGUUCUGUAUCACAGUAAAAAGAGCCAUAAAAUUCAUCUAACAAAAAUAAGAAGUAAGCAGGAACAAGACUGCAGAAAAUCACACAGUAUUAGCAUCAGUCUUGUAAAUGACAUCAAGAUCAAUUUAGCAGACAAACAAAGUACAAAUCUUACAUUUGUGGAGAAAAUCGUAGCUGAUGAAUAAAUUGAGAUGGUGACGUUGUUGACGUCUGAGAUAAACGUGAGGUAGCAAAU